UGAAAGGCACUACUACGUGUCCAUGGAGGAUUCUGCGAAGCGGAAGGAGAGGCUACAAGCCAUGCGGAUGGAGGCAUCGUCCUCUUCCGGCGGGCCUUCCCCUUCUUUCUCCACCACAAAUACGCCCCUUUCUAACCCUUUGAUCCAUCCAGCCGGUCUUGUCAAUGAAAACUCACCGCCUUCGCAUAGAUUUGAUUACUAUACCGACCCCGCAGCGGCCUACUCAGCUGUAAAGAGAAAGACAAGCAACAGCGGCAGUGGCGGUGGACAUGGAGGCCACUUCCAGCCUUCAAAUGUCUCCUCUCCAGUGUCAGCAGCACGUCCAAUAGG